AACACUAAGCAGGAUUGCAUUUAAAAAAGUGAAAUGGAUUUCCGGCUGUCAUAUCUAAAGGUAACGGAAGAUUAAGAUGACCCCUCGUGCAAGUUAAACUUACAUUGAAGUUGAAUUUCCAAGUUUAAAGAUGUUACAAAAAACGGUAAUAAAUGAAGUAAACUGAGCGAACGUGGACUUAACACUUUGGAUUACGUUAUUCAAUAAUGUGCUAAACAAAAUAUGGCCACUCCAUUGUAUGAUCCUAAACUAUCAGGAGCCAAAUUCAAAAAUUGGAUUAAGGCUGGAUUAGGUGUGUUAUUUACCAAAGAAGGUAUAGAGCCUUUUGUUCAUGAUGAAAUAGAACAGUUCCAGCAGAAAUGUUUGAGCGACAUUUGCAACAACAAUGGACUUCCUGCUGGCACCACGUGUUCUAUUUGUUGCACAGAAAAUGUCGUCAUUUGCCCCACAAAUAGAAUUUGUAAUGCAAGACGUGGGAAAUGUAACUUCCAUAGAAAUUCUGCCACGCAAUAUCUUCCGUCUGGCUGCCCUAACAAGAUAUGUCAUAAUUUUAAAAACGAGAUACAGCGUGCCCAUCGAUACUUUGGUCCAUCCUAUAAAAACACUGAUGCUACCCAGUGGUGCAGCAAUUCGUGGGAAGUUGCUAAAUGUUUCAUGCCACCUGACGGAUACACAGAUGCGAUGAAUGCAGCAGACACUGAUUUCAAUGGUAUCACCAGUGUUGUCCUGAACUAUAAAGCAUUUCAAACGAAAAUUCACGACGACCUUUCCAAACAGAACAACAUCUUUGAACAGGGUAGAGAUGUAGGCAGAGCAGUUCGACAUUGCCCACAAUUAGAGAUGGAAGAUACAGAUCUACAAGACUAUUUUAGUGUCUUACAGAAACUGUUGUCAGAUCCUGCAUAUCUGUCUGCUAAUACUGCUGCGCAGAAUGCUAAAACGAAAUUAUUACAGCUUCAAAAUGAUACCCUAGUCAUUGGUAAAGACGAUGUCCGGAAAGUGCUUGACGAUAUUGGUAAAGCAGUUCAAGAUGAAAUAAGGACUGCAAAAGAAGAUUACGUGAAGAAUGCUAAAAUGAAAACGUUACAAAUUAUUCAACUCACAAAAACAUUUGUCAGUACAAUUGACAAACAUGGGAAAGCGUCAAUGUCUCAGUUAGAGAAAGCCUACACAUCUGCAAUGGAUGAAAUAGAAAAGCAAGCAAAGAAAUCGAUUAAAGACGUCCAAGCUGAAGGAGAAAAACAAAAAGAAGAUAUAGUCGCAGAAGGACAUACUGUGAAGAGACAGUUAGUAGAUGUGGCUGGUCAAGAGGUAAAAAGGUUGAAAACAGAGGCCACUGCUGGAAUUAAUACGAUGGAAGCGGAAGCCACUACUCAGGUGAAAACAAUUGCAUCAGAAGCUGGUAAAGCUAUAAAACAAAUAGCGGGAGACAGAGACGAAGGGGUGAAAGAAAUGAGAACAGAGGCACUUACUCGAAUGGAACACCUAAAAGAAUAUGCUGAGGAAGGGGUUAACAAGUUAGAAGUUGAAGCCAAAGCUGGAGUUACAAAGAUUAAUUUAGAAACUGAUGAAGCAUUAAAGCAGAUUGAGAAAUCAAAAGCAGAAAGCAAAGAAGAUACAUACAACAAAUUAAAAAAGGAUUUACCAUCCGAUUCGGAUCUAGCUAAGAUUGUGAAGGCAAUAGGAAUUAACUGGGAGCUUCUAGGACCACACCUUGAUCUACGUACAGCGGAGAUUGACCAUAUAAAAAUGGACAAUGAAACUACGGAGAAAAGGAUAUAUAAAAUGCUACAGGUCUGGCAGCAAGAUCAAGGACUGAAUGGCACUAAACAAAAGCUUUUCACUGCCUUUAGUAAUGAAUCGUCCACAUAUAUUGACUGGGAAGCACUUGAGCAAUCUUUCCCUGACGCUUCAAAAUACAAGCCAAGAGAAAAAAGUAUGUAUAUAUUAUCACGAACCAGUAACUAUUUGCUUGAAAAGAGCACCAGUAACAUUUCGUUUAGUAAGACAUUUAAACGACAAUGUUGUUACUUAUUAGAUAGCAAGAGUUGCAAGCAUAUUUGCGAUUUACGAAUCUAAUGAUAUUCGUUAAGUAUCAAUAAUAGAUAUUUAAAAAUUAUCAAAAUAUGUUUCUGUGUUUGAGUUGAUAGACUCAAUUAAGUGUUUUCCUUAAAAUAAAAACGUUUUCAAAUAAAAUUGUUAUGAGAAACUAGACUAAUAAAAAAGAAAUUGUUUUACCUGUCUGACAAAUUUCCAUUUUUUUAUCAGUCUCUUUUUGACCUAGACAGAACCGCCAACAAUUUAU